UGCUGUACAUCAGACGUCUUUGGCUUGUCUUUAAUGGCAGUGAGUAAGACUAAGGGGAAAGUUUCAGCGUCGGUUCAGGUCAUCUCUGGGUGUCAUAGGUUUUAAGCAGCACUUUGAACUAUGGGUUUGCGAAACUCUCGUCUAGACCUGUUUCCAGGAGACAUCCUAGAGUUCCCUUGUAAUAAGCACUUUUCUCAUUAUGGAGUUUAUUAUGGAGAGAGAGAUGGUGUUGCAUAUGUAGCUCAUCUUACCACUAGGGACUCGACCUCUCAGUUCCUCAUUUUCGGUCGCGCACUGAACUCAUCAGUGCGGCUGGAUCCUCUUGACAUGAUGGGCAAGAAGUACAAGGUGUGCAACGGUCUAGACAGCAAGCACCCAGCCCGGGACUUCUACAGCCACAUCAAGCCCGAGAUUGAUGAGGCCAUAGGCAAAGCCGUUACUUUUGACAUUCUUUUCCACAACAGUGAGCAUCAGGCUACACUGUUUCGCUAUGGAGUGAAGAGGUCCGAGCAGAUUGAAAAAGUCUAUGCCAGAAUUGUCUCCACUUGGCGGGAGCCAUUUGAGAAGAAUAAGCUGUGAUCCAAAGAAUACGGAGGUAGAUUCUACAUCUACAAACUGUACAUCCAGGUGACAGGCUGAUUUAGCAAGGCAUUGUGUCUGAAAUGUAUAUGAUAAAUGAAAAUGAUGGAUUACAUUAUUUUUGUAAAUAUAUUGUAUGUAGUUAAGAAAUUGUCUGCCAUGUUUUAGACUAUUUGAAGACACAUUCCACAAGGGGGCGGUGAUGUCAUGACUAAUGUAGGUCAUAUGUGACUCCAUUUCCCUCAGUGAAAAUGCUCAUGUUAGUAUAAAAGUAAUACAAUAUUAUCCCCACACAUUUAAUUCAAAAACACAGUCCAAUACAUUUUAUAUAUUUUUAUUUUACAUAUAUAUACUUAUUUUAUAAAGUAUACUUUUAAUCACCCAGCACCAGCUGCAUGUCCAAACAUAUUUGGCUUGUUUCUCGUACAUGGAGAAAUCUGGCCCAAGAUUAAACAUUUUUUGAAUAGAAAUCUUUUUAGAAGACUGAUCUCAAUGUAGCCAGUAUAACUGCUUGCUCAAGGUCAGCGCUUCUCUUUCUUUUUUAAACAUUCAGUUAAGUUUCCAUCUGCCAGCACUUCAAACAACAUUACAUGUAAUCAUGUGUUUCCAGUCUUGAGAUAUAGUGUGUGUGUUUCUGAUUAAAUGCAUUUGACCUUUUGA